ACGCACAGAGCUCUCUUGUUCCUCUUGCACCUCCUUCUUCUUCUUCUUCUUCUCAUUUGCUCUUCCUCUCUGGUUAUAUUCUGAUCGGCUUUCAACCCUAAAAUCAAAGGAAAACAAGUGAGGUUUGACAAUGGCUGCUGUUACGGCUUCCCAUUUUGUCUUGAAAAGCUCUAAUUCUUUUGGGGGAGCGUUUGGUUGUGAGCCAAGAGCAUUCCAGAGUGGAAGGCUUUCCUGCUUGGCUAACCAUGCCACUAGUCAUCAUCAUGGGUUAAGACCACAGAACAGGCUGGACAUGCUUCAGAUGAAACCCAAGGCAAAAACAACCAGCAGGAGGAGGCUUACUCCACAGAAUCGGAGGCCUUUAAUGGUCGUCAUAUGUGAAAGUGGAAUGAAUAUGGUCUUUGUUACUGCUGAGGUAGCUCCAUGGAGCAAAACUGGAGGGCUUGGUGAUGUUCUUGGAGGGUUGCCACCUGCAUUGGCAGCGUCUGGGCACAGAGUCAUGACUAUAGCUCCACGCUACGAUCAGUACAAGGAUGCUUGGGAUACAAUUGUUCUGCUUGAGGUUAAAGUUGAUGAUAGAAUGGAAACUGUUCGCUUCUUCCACUGUUAUAAAGGAGGAGUUGAUCGUGUCUUUGUUGAUCAUCCUUGGUUCCUUGAGAAGGUAUGGGGAAAAACUGGCGGAAAAAUCUACGGUCCUGUGACUGGUAUAGAUUAUCAAGACAACCAGCUUAGAUUCAGCCUAUUGUGCCAAGCAGCUCUGGAAGCCCCAAAAGUUCUAAAUCUAAAUAGCAGCAAAAAGUUUUCUGGACCAUAUGGGGAAGAUGUUAUGUUCAUUGCUAAUGAUUGGCACACUGCUCCUCUUGCAUAUUACCUAAAGAGCAUGUACCAGGCACAUGGCAUGUACAAGAAUGCUAAGGUAGCCUUCUGCAUCCACAAUAUUGCCUACCAGGGAAGAUUUGCUCCUUCUGAUUAUUCAUUCCUCAAUCUUCCCGAUCGUUUCAAACCUUAUUUUGAUUUUAUAGAUGGGUAUGACAAGCCUGUGAAAGGAAGGAAAAUAAACUGGAUGAAGGCUGGCAUAUUAGGGGCAGACAAAGUCUUCACUGUUAGCCCCUAUUAUGCCCAAGAACUUGUUUCAGGGCCAGAUAAAGGAGUUGAAUUAGACAACGUUCUAAGUGCAGUUGGAGUGGAAGGGAUUGUGAAUGGGAUGGAUGUUAAAGAGUGGAACCCAUUGGCUGACAAAUAUAUUUCCGUUGAUUAUGACCAAUCAACUGUGGAGGAUGCAAAGGCUCUUAACAAGGAAGCUUUACAAGCAGAGGUUGGAUUGCCUGUGGACCGUAACAUCCCUCUCAUAGUAUUUAUUGGUAGGUUGGAAGAACAGAAAGGUCCAGAUAUUCUAGUAGAAGCUAUUCCAGGCUUUAUUGAUGAGAAUGUUCAGAUAAUAGCUCUUGGUACUGGUAAGAAAAAAUUGGAGGAACUACUGUUGGAACUUGAGGAAAAAUUUCCUGAUAAUGCAAGAGGAGUUGCUAAAUUCAAUGUUCCUUUGGCUCAUAUGAUGAUGGCCGGAGCUGACUACAUUAUAAUCCCAAGUAGAUUUGAACCAUGUGGUCUCAUUCAAUUUCAAGGCAUGCGAUAUGGGGCGUUGCCUAUAUGCUCCUCUACUGGUGGACUUGUUGACACAGUUAAAGAAGGUGUAACCGGAUAUCACAUGGGGCCCUUCAAUGUUGAGUGUGAAGCUGUUGAUCAGAAAGAUGUUACUGCUAUUAUCUCAACAGUCAAAAGAGCCCUCAAAGAUUACGGCACACCAGCUUUUAAGAAGAUGGUUCUUAACUGCAUGGCUCAAGACCUCUCUUGGGAGGGGCCUGCAAAGAAGUGGGAGGAAGCGCUACUAAACCUUAAGGUUGUUGUCGGUGAACCUGGGAUUGAAGUAGAGGAAAUAGCAUCUCUUGCCAAAGAGAAUGUGGCCACUGCAUGAAGAAAGACAUGAACGUAAUUAUGUCUUCUUGGUGGUGGUUUUGAAACAAACUGCCCUCUGAGAAGGCUUAACUUGGAAAUGUACCUGCUAAACUGUUUAGUUUACAUGACUGAUGACUGAACAGUUUAUCCAAUCACUAUUGUGAUGUAAGAUAAAUGAAGUAGAACAUCAAUGCAAGUGGUUGUUUGUCUUGUGAUUGGGCAGACAUUCUCAAUAAAUAAUAUGUUCAUUUUGUAUAA